AUGGCUUCCAAGGUUGUGAUUUGGAUUGCUCUAUGCCUCUUUCUGGCUUCCAUUCUCUUUGUUAAUGGUGAGACGUUUACCACGUCCACUCCGUAUGAUUCUGCUGGUCGUCAUUACGACCUUGAUGGCCUAUUUUGUGCUACAUUUGACUCCAAUCAGACCCUAGAGUUUCGUAGCAAAUACCUUUGGACUGCGUAUUGUGACCAAGUGACAAAUGAUUCGACUGGUCAAAAUGUGAUUGUACGAAUUGUGGACAAGUGCCAAAGUGGAGGACUGGUUUUAGAAACUGAUGCUUUUAAUGCAAUUGAUAAGGAUGGGAAAGGAAAGCAUUACGGCCAUAUGCUUACCACCUACAAGUUCGUGGGCUGUUAG